AUGCCACGACGGGACUUGACGUUAGCUGAGAAGAUUCGUUUCCUACAUCAGAUCAAGGAACUGGGACCAACCACUAGUCAGCGUCGAUUGGUGGAAAUUACCUGCUUGGCAGAAUCUACAAUAUCGCGCCUGAUAAAACAAGCGAAAGAUCUGCGAGAAGGAGCACAAUGUGAAGGACGACGAGGUACUUCCCAAAAACGGAAGCGUGAAGGCAAGGAUCCAGACGUCGAUGAGGCCCUUAAUGAUUGGUUUGCCUUUGUUACUGGACGAGCCGUGCGAGUAAGUGGCCCAAUGUUAAAGUACAAAGCAGAAGAACUCGCUAAAAUGCUGGGCCACGAAGAUUUUAUAGCUACGGACGGCUGGUUGUCUCGAUGGAAAUCUAGACAUGAUGUAAAAUUUAAGAAAGCACAUGGUGAGAAAGAAAGUGCCAAUAGCGCUCGAGCUGAAGAAUGGAAAUCAACAAAACUACCAGAGCUUCUUGAAAAAUUUCCAGCAGAUGACAUCUAUAAUGCUGAUGAAACCGGGUUGUACUAUAGGGCUACACCGGACGGCUCCUUAAAUUACAAACAUGUUACUCUCUCUCUGGCUGCAAAAAAGCAAUGGAUCGCGUAACUGUCUUGUGCUGCUCAAACAUGUCCGGAACAGACAAGAGGAAGUUGCUGGUCAUAGGAAAAUGUGCC